AUGGUCGUCCAGAAGUGCAUCGCCACCACCCAAGCCCUCAUCAACGACCGGGAUGUGGCCUUUCGGCGACACUUGGGUGGGUUUGCCAGCAGCCUCUACGAGCCAUCCUGCACACGGGUGUUUUCAGCUUUUACUUGGAGGCUGGAGGCCGGUGCUAACUUCCCCGACGACUUUGGCCAACUCCUCUUCCCGAGGGUCCAACUCAUCCGCGUGAACACCCUGGCGCACGAUGCCGGAGAGGCUUUACGUUUGGUUUCCAUCAGCGCGGCCGAGGCGAUCCGCUCGACGCUUCACAGCACCAAUGGGGCCGAAACAUCCCCAUCAUCUACGAGCAGUGUCCAGCCGGGUGAGAAAGAUAUUUGGCUGACGUUGGAUGGCCCAGUGAACCCGGAACUCUUCGAGGCCAUGUCUGCUACUUUGCCGGUGGUGAUCUUGGGCGGUCAGAAGCCUUUUCUGAUACCGAAGCGGAAUUUUCGGAUCAUCGUUGAAAGCGAUCGCCUCGAGAUGGUCUCUCCUGCCACAGCAUCCUCUCUUGCCAUCACAUUCAUCGAUACUGAACGCGGUCCUACUUGGAAAGACCGAGCUUUGGCUUGGGCUCAUAGGUUUGUGCUGACCUGCCCGGAGUACUCCCACUUUAUGGAGUUGACGAAGGAGCUGCUCAUGCAUUUGAUGGAUAGCAUCCUCGCCUUCGUCCUCUACUACUUCCACUACAACCCAGUGGACGAUGCAGGUGCACUCACCGAAGGCAGGGAAUCUUACGGCCAGCAGACACUGUCGUUCCUGCUGCUCUCCCUGAUCUGGCUUUGCUCCAUGCUGAGAACGCACCCACGUUCGACUUACGCACAUGAUGCGAAGUGGGGCAUGUUUGCAUUUUGGUUUGCGGCAGCGGCACAGCAGGUCGCAGGCAUAUGUUUUGACCUCAGGGCCACUGCCUACUCGUUCUCUGUGUUUCAGUUCGGUUGGGGAGUGCAGAGUGUUGCGCUUGGCUGGACUCUCCAUCUAUUGCAGUUGCGAAUGAUGGCAAUCCGUUCCAGUGUGGAUGGGGGAACCUGUUGUUCGACCUUUGGUUCGAAUACAUGGAUACUGGUCAUGUGUUGCAGCUGGCAAAUCCGACACACUUGUGACCGAGACCUGAAGAAGACGUGGCCGGUAAUCCUUGUCAGCUUAAUCGUUCUCUGCACGGUAUGGGUUGCCUACACGACACUGACAUGCAAGAUCCUGGUGGGCAGCUUGCAGCUUCUUCUUCAGGAGGCGAAGCGCGUCCGAGGGCCUCCAAGGAAACAGGCGAUCUGGGCCGCGCAAGUCCUCGGCAUGGAAAUGCUGAUCUGCGCAAUACUAGGAUUGACGAUGUGUUGCUAUGGUGUGCUCUCUGCAUUGUCCCUUCUUGCCGAAUUUGGCCCCGAGACGGAGGAGAAGUAUCUGCUAGUGCAACACAGAACCUUUGUUGUUCUACUGAUCAUUCAUAUUGACUGGGUGGUGAAUUCACUAGGCUUGGGCCUUCUGUCUGGGAUUCUCUGGCAGGGAAGGCCACCGGAUGGUGACCUGGAGUCUGAAAACACACUCACACGAGGAUUGAUCUCUAUGUCAAAUCUGCUCACCUCGACGGAAAACGAAGUCUACGACGAGGUGGUGAAGCAACUAGCAAGCCGAGGGAUUCGCCUGAGCGCGCUUCUGUGCUUCUGGGAAGAACUUCUCGGUGGUCAGGUGAUGCCAGGAUUUGAUCCCCGACGCUCCUUGACGAAUGAUGUGGUCCGCCGGGCGAUCAUCCCGAAAUCCCGAGAUGGGCAUGAUGGAUUUGCCCUGGCAACACUAUGGUCCAGCACAGAGACAACGGCUCAAAUCAUGGUCACGCACAACUGGAGCAAUGGCUUUGGAAGUCUCGUUGCCGCAAUCCUGGCGGAUGCUUUGGGGCGAGCUGCUUACAAGAAGGUUGCGGACAAGAUUGCCACGAAAUCAGGCUUUGAACAGGUCCGGGCGAAAUUGGUCGGCAAGCUGGAGACGACAUACUGGGUUUGCGCGUUUUGCGUCAACCAGCAUGCCAGUAUUUGUGCUGGCUUCGGGCCCGAACCGCCACAAGGGACGGCUGAGUGGACCGCUUGGGAUAGGAGGCGGUAUGACUCAGUUACUGGUGAUGCAUUCCAGCUUUGCAGCUGUCAAGUGGAGAAGGUGUUUAGCCACACUGACGCAAGGUGUGAACUCAACAAGUUCGAUGACAUGAUGACACACCUAGCGCUAGAGGUGGCGGGUUUCACGCAGCUCGUCGUCGUCGAUGAUGCCUUCGAUGUGCUUUACCGGGCAUGGUGUGUUGCAGAGAUAUUCGAGGCGAGUGUGCUGGGUAUUCAACCUCGAAUACAGGUGCGGUCGCAGGCUGUUGUAGAUCAGAACUACGACAGGCUUGCGUUGUUAGACGUCAGGCAGUGCACAUCCUCAUCUCUAGCUGACAAGGAGAUGAUCAUGGCGAAGAUCUCAGAUGUGGACGUUUUCAACGAGAAAAUCCAGGAGAUCGUCUUCAGCGAAGAGAUGGGCUUGUUUGCGCAGUGGGUGGAUGGGAACGAGCGGUCUCGCCAAGUCGGCCGAAUUUUACGGCGUUGUGGGGUGCGGGAAACCUCUCCACCGAUCGCGCAGAUGCUGCACAUCGCUUCGCUUGCUCACGACUUCAGCCGGAAUCGUCGGAAGACGACUCUGUAG